AUGAAGUUACCCCAGGGUUUGUCUAUUUCUGUCCCUUCCAAUUCUGCCCCUCUUGUUUGCAAAUUGAGGAAGUCCCUCUAUGGCCUUAGACAAGCAUCCAGACAGUGGUAUGCCAAGCUCUCUCAAGCCCUAUAUUCCAGGGGUUAUACUCAUUCUCUCAAUGACUAUUCUUUGUUCAUCAAGGGUACUCCUGGCAAUUUGGUUCUUUUAGCAGUUUAUGUAGAUGACAUCAUCAUUACUGGGGAUGAUACUGCUGAAAUUUUUGCCUUAAAGCAUUUCCUGGAUGCUCAGUUUAAGAUCAAGGACUUGGGUUCUUUGCAUUAUUUUUUGGGUAUUGAGGUUUCUAUUGUUCCUGGUGGGGUUCUUCUCAACCAGAAAAAGUUUGUCUCUGAUUUACUUCAGCAGUUUGAUUGUAUUGAUGUUUCACCUGUUGUCUGUCCGUUAGAGCUCAAUUGUAAGCUACAUGCAGAUGUUGGUGAUCUCUUACCUUUCCCUGAUCAAUAUAGGAGUCUUGUAGGCAAGCUUCUUUUCCUAACUCACACUCGGCCUGACAUAUGCUUUGCUGUACAACAUUUGAGUCAGUUUUGA